UCUUAUUGCCAGUGUGUUAAUAAAUCUGUUUUCAGUGGACUAUGUGCAUCAGUUAAAGAGAUCUAUAACAAUGAAGGACUUGGUGGAUUUUUUAGGUAGGAAAUGAAUGUUCCGUUACUGACUAAUUAUGGCAUUAAAAUUAAGAAAACUUAUAUUUCAUGUUCUUUAUCCUUUGUGACUAUGAUUUGAAUCAUUAUGUAGUUUCUUGCAAUAAUCAUCAGUUUUUUUCUAAGUGGAAUAAUUGAAAAGUUGAAUCAGCAAUAGUUGCACUCUUAGCUGAAAAUCAAUCAAAUGUAGCCAAGUGGUCCAGGCACAAAAUGUAGCUUGAACAAAAGAAGUGUUACUUUUAAUUAGAAAUUUCUCAUUCAGCAAGUACUUUGCUUAAUUCAAAAGCAACUAUUAACAAUGAUAGUGGCUUUGCAAAGAAGAGUUUUGUGGCUAUUGGUUGAGAAAUAAUUCAACUAGGAAUCACCUAACAAUAGUAUUUAAUUUGUGUCCUGUUAAAUGUCAUCUAUUGCUGUCAACAGUGGUAUCAUUCCUCGUAUUGUUGGAGAAGUCCUGUCCCUUUUGUUAUAUCAAGGAGCUUGCUUCUUGGUCAGCAAAUAUGCUAUUGACAGUGAG